GUCACAAGUACAUCAGAUCGCCUACCACAAGCGCGACUCGAGCGGCCUCGGCCAGCAGCACCAGCAGCACAGUGACCAGCAGUGCGACAACCAGAAGCCCAACAACCAGAAGCACAACGGGACCCAGCAGCACGGGCGCCAGCAGCACCGCCACCAGCAGAGCAGCAACCAACAGCACAACACCAGCUGGAAGCAAGGAUCGGGAUCGAGAGCGGGAUCAUCGCCGAGAAAGGCUACGGGAAGGGCACCGUCCAGAUCACCAGCCAUAUCAGAUGACUUCCAGUACACCCAGAAGCAGCUCGAGAUCAUCGACAGCGCGGUGCCUGCCACUAAAGACGGAAUUGAUCAACGCGAGAGUUUCUCGAACCCACCCAUCGAGACUGACGUCGAGAAGUUAUGGGCCAUGACGAAUGGGCGCGCAGGGCGAUUGGCAGACCAGGCCCACGGGGCCAGGGCAGCUCGAGUCGACGACGCCAAGAUCAUCAACGAGCUGCCCAUUACCACGGCCAUGAUCAUGCCCACCCUCUCGCCCGAGGAGCGCGCCGCCCACUGCCGCUCCAGCAUCGCGAGCGCCCUGAAGCGGAGAAGCGCGAUGCGUGAAGACACCGCCAAGCUUCAGAAUGAGUCCGACGUCAUAGAAGGCGACAUUAUGAUCGCGAAGACGCUCUUGCAGGAGACGAAGGACCAGCACGGAACAUCGGCCUUGCCCGACCCAGGGGCGCGCCCGAUUAGCAUGGAGACCGCGAAGACCAAGCCGCUCAACACCAAUGACGACGCCCAAGAACUUCGCAAGGUCAUACCCGACCUCGCCAAGAAGGUCGACCACCAGCAGCAGCACACGGGCAUCCACCAGCACCACCUCGCCUGCCUCAGCCAAGAGCAGCGGGCCAGCCAGCAGAAGGACAGGCAGCAGGCCGAGCGCCGCGAGGAGAUUAAGGAGCAGCUGCAAGCCGACAGGGCUCUAACGGAAAGGAAGCUCGACACCGAAGAGAGCAAGCCAGAGAAAACUCAAGCGGCGGCAGAGCAGGGACAGCACCUGAGGCUCGCCACCUCCAAGGACUACGAGAUAAUACACAAGGGGAACAACGACCGCUGGGAGGCACGACAGCAGGAGAUGGACACCGCCAGGAACGCGCUCAUCACGCAG